AUGAACUCGACUGGAGGACCACAGGUUCUGGUACGUGACACGUUUGCCACAGCAUUCGCCAAGAACUUUGUUUUGGUCGGAGUGUGGCUCAGCCUGAGCUACAUCAAUGUCACUGUUGUGGCUACCUUCUUCAGCAACCAGACCUUUUACGAGGACCCUCGUUAUAUCCUCUUCAUCCACAUGGUUAUCAACGAUGCAGUGCAGCUGACCGUCACCACCUCCCUGUUUGUGGUGAGUUACAUCUACUACAGCAUCAACGUGUCCAUCUGCACUGUCUUCAUCCUUGUGGCUGUCUUCACCACCCGCAACACACCUGUGAACCUGGCUGCCAUGGCCAUUGAGCGCUACAUCGCUGUCUGCAACCCUCUACGUCACGCCCAGAUCUGCACUGUCCGUCGCACUCAUCUACUCAUUGGCCUCAUCUGGUUAAUCUCUGUAGUCCCUGACAUCACUGACCUCUUCAUCACCCUGGCUACAGAACCCAUCAGCUUCUUCUACACGUCUGUGUUCUGUUUGCGUCAAAAUGUCUUCAAAGACCCUGUGCUGCUAUACAAGCAGCAGGUCUUUGAUGGUAUGUACUUCUCCUUGGUCUUCUUCACGCUGGUCUACACAUACCUGCGGGUGCUCUUUGCGGCCCGCGCCAUGUCCACAGAGAAAACAUCGGCCCAGCGGGCCAGGAACACCAUCCUGCUUCAUGGGGUUCAGCUCCUCAUGUGUAUGCUCUCCUACGUUUCUCCCAGUGUCCUGGUUGUUCUAAGCAUCAUAUUUCCUAGAUACAUCCUGGAAAUGCGAUAUACAAACUACCUUAUCGUUUACAUCCUGCCACGCUUUCUGAGUCCAAUCAUAUACGGGGUCCGUGACCAAAAGUUCCGAAAGUAUCUGAGGAGGUCUUUUGUAAUUGCUCAGUGUAAGGUCAAGAGAAGAGUAGAUAACCAAGAGGAAGAAAUUAAAGUGGAUCCUUAG